AUGUUCGUUCCCAUCCUAGUACCUAUCUUUGUCCGUGACUUCACAGGUGGACCGGAGCAGGUGAGACUCUGGGUGGAGUCUGGCCGACCCGUAUUCUUUGGAGUUGGAGGUCGGAUUGCGGAGAUGUCCGCGACCCAGUUGUCGGGAGUUAAAGCUAUUCCUAUGGACCGACUGCUAGUCGAGUCGGAUAGUCCCGAGUUUCCUUGUGGAGUUGAGGCGCCGAUUGGCCCCAGGCACAUUGGAGAAGUGUACCGGAGAGUCGCCGCAGCGAGGGGACAAGAUGUCGCUUUGCUGGCGGGCCUGGUUUUCAGGAAUUUUAGGGUGUUCUUUGGACCACAGUUGAGGGGACCGUUUUGA